AUGGCGACCAUGUUCGAGCAGCCCCGCAACGGCACGCUUUUCUUGGGCGGCCAAAAGAUUUCGGGGUCCGACAUUCGUGACCAGAAUGUCCUGGCUACUCAAGCCAUUGCAAAUGUCGUCAAGAGCUCUUUCGGUCCUAGCGGUCUGGACAAGAUGAUGGUGGACGAUAUUGGCGACGUCACAGUAACAAAUGAUGGCGCCACGAUCCUCUCCUUACUCGACGUCGAUGACCCCGCGGGCAAGAUCCUCGUCGACCUGGCACAGCAGCAGGACAAGGAGGUCGGCGACGGCACCACGUCGGUCGUCCUCAUUGCCGCCGAGCUCCUUCGCAGGGGAAACGAGCUGAUGAAGAACCGGAUACACCCCACCACCAUCAUCACAGGAUACCGCCUGGCCCUGCGCGAGGCUAUCAAGUAUCUCAACGAGAACGUCAGCAUCCAGGUCGAGAACCUAGGCCGUGACUCGCUCAUCAACAUUGCGAAGACGUCCAUGUCGAGCAAGAUCAUCGGCGCCGACUCUGACUUCUUCGCCGACAUGGUGGUCGACGCUAUGCAGGCCGUCAAGUCGGUCAAUUACAAGAACGAGGCCAAAUACCCCGUCAAGGCUGUCAACAUCCUCAAGGCCCACGGAAAGAGUGUCCGCGAGUCCCUUCUUGUCAAGGGCUAUGCCCUCAACUGCACCGUCGCCUCCCAGGCCAUGCCCACCCGCAUUCAGGAUGCCAAGAUUGCCGUCCUCGACAUGAACCUGCAAAAGGAGAGGAUGAAGCUGGGCGUCCAGAUCACCGUCGACGACCCCCAGCAGCUCGAGCAGAUUCGUGCCCGUGAGGCCGAGAUGGUCCUGGAGCGCAUCGAGCUCAUGUUCAAGGCUGGGGCCAACGUGGUCCUGACCACCAAGGGUAUCGAUGACCUGUGCCUCAAGAUGUUUGUCGAGCGCGGCGCCAUGGGCGUCAGGCGAUGCAGGAAGGAGGACCUCAGGCGCAUCGCCAAGGCCACCGGCGCCACUCUUCUUAGCACCUUCUCCGACCUCAACGGCGACGAGAAGUUCGACCCGUCGUACCUGGGCCACGCCGACGAGGUUGUUCAGGAGAGCAUCUCCGAGGACGAAUGCAUCCUCAUCAAGGGCACCAAGGCCCACUCUGCCUCUUCCAUCAUUCUCCGUGGCCCCAACGAGUUCUCCCUCGAUGAGAUGGAGCGCUCCGUCCACGACUCGUUGUGCGCCGUCAAGAGGACACUCGAGAGCGGCAGCAUCGUCCCCGGCGGUGGCGCCGUCGAGACGGCCCUGCACAUCUACCUCGAAGAGUUUGCCGGUACCGUCGGCUCGCGCGAGCAGCUGGCCAUUGGCGAGUUUGCCCAGUCGCUCCUCGUCAUCCCCAAGACACUCGCCGUCAACGCGGCCAAGGACGCCGCCGAGCUGACGGCCCAGCUGCGCUCCAGGCACGCCCUGUCCCAACGCAUCCAGGAGGGUGACGGCAGCGAGGACGAGAAGACGCUCGCCCGCAAGAAGGGCUACAAGAACUACGGGCUCGACCUGAUGAAGGGAAAGGUCGUCGACGAGCUCAAGCUCGGUGUUCUCGAGCCCAGCCUGAGCAAGGUGAGGCAGCUCAAGAGUGCUGUCGAGGCCUGCAUCAGCAUCAUGAGGAUCGACACCCUCAUCAAGCUGGAUCCCGAACCUCAGCAGGAUGACGGCCACGGUCACUGA